CCCACUUCCUUCAUUGGAUCCAUCAAUUCCCCCUCCUGUCUCCUCGUUCACCUCCUGCAAUAUAAAUCAUGCAGCGGAAGCCUCCCGUAUCCCUGGGAAGUAACAGAGCUCCUCAUUGAUACCUUCUACACCUCGUGGUUUCUCCUUGAAUCGUCUCGGUGUCUCACAGCUUUCCAUAGCAACCUUUCUCCUUGAUCACAAUAUUGGUUCCUAGCAUCAUAAUUUAUCGCCACUCCAUCUUUAGUUACUUGACUAGCCCCCUUGAAAGGCAGUCUCGAAGCUAUAUAUACAUCAUUCGUCCUUGGAAAUUACUCUAAGACAUCCCGCUGAGGUGCAGACGUCCAGCACAUAUCAGAGACAUUCCCCAGUUUAGACGCAUCAAUCUCAGACAUACAGCAUUUUCAACUGCAAGAGAAACUACCCCUCGUCUCACACAUCAGUGAAGUUUUGAACAACAUGUCGGACGACAUUGCUCGCCGCUCUCCAUCCGGCAUGCGCACCAUCUCCAGUGCCUCCAGUACCGCUGAUAUGAGUGACGACCGCCGCUUACCUCCACUACCACGAGUGGAGCCCUUGCCUCGGGGACCCUUUAACCCGUUCACUUCCACCAUCUUUGCUCCGAGCCCGCCUACUUCUCACGACGCUUUCCCUGUCAGGUCACCUUGGCCAUCGACGGAGCACAUGGUAGCACCUCCUUCCCCAGCAGCCUCCGCUGACAGCUCCUGGCCCGAGACUUUACCAUCGCAGAAGGUUCUCGAGUGGCAUCAAGACCUCUCUCUCGGCGAGAUUUUGAAUCUGAUCAUGCCUAAGCACAUAAACCGCAAGCCACCAUUGCAGCAGCUGUGUGGCCGCAAGCGCAAGGGCAGCAUGAUCACUGGUGACUCAGACGAGCAGAGGGAGAAGCAUAGAAUCGCGGAAGGCAAUCGUCGCAAGAAUCUCAGCCAAUUGCACCGCGAGCUUGACAGCCGCAUUCACGAUUUCUUCCUGGAGCGAGCAGGCUGGAACCCAUCCAAGAGUCUUCCUGAAUCAAAAGAGCACAUUGUGCAGGCCGCCAUCUUUCUCAUCGACUUCAUGCUUGUGAUCAUUAUUCAUCUUAUCCACGAAGAGAACGAGACGCCGCGUCAACUGCCUAAAAAGCUACAGCCUCAAAUCCGUUGCAUGCAGCUGCAGCAGAAAUUGUCCGGCCUACAGCAGCAAAACCAGGCCCUACAGCAACAAGUCAAGGCUUUGAAGCAGGAGAACCAGAUGCUGGAAGAGCGCAACCAGACGCUCGAGUUUCAGCUCAAGACCUACGAGCACAUGUUCCGCACAUCCAAGAGCGAACACAUGGCCCCUCAACCAAUUCCUAACCCACCAGAGAUCAAGCCGCGGAAUAUGCUUCCUGGACUGAGGGUGUUCUGCGACGAGAUUGCCGUCAAUGGCCCUGAUUCUCGGUUGGAGCACAUCCCAGCUGCAGCAACGCAGUCAUUUUGUCACUCUUACCCGAACCACACACCUCCGGUCACAGGGCCAUCAUCUCCUAUGUUUGCGCAAGCGUCUUACUCGGUUCCGGCAUCCCGACGUCCAUCGCUCAACCCGUCGCCUUAAGUAACUUGAGUGCCGAGUCUACGAACAGCCGAGAGCUCCUUGGCCGCAAUCAACAGUCAAUCUUGAUCGCAUGUUGGGACUGGUACAUAUUGCCGUUGCAAGUCCGGCAUCACCCAUGUUAACUGUUUUUUUUCAGCAUAGCGGGAGCGUUUUUCACCAGCAUAAACUUGCGGCAUGUGAGCUUUUCUGUGCAUUGGUCUAUUUAUCACUUUUUUUUGAGUUUUGGGUGCUCUUGAUUGGAUUUUCUGGUCAAUCCAGAUAGGUUGAUCUUGAGGGCUGCGAUGUAUAUCAGAAGAAAAGCUUGUUUGGGAAGCAUGAGCAUGGGCCUCAAGGCGUUGAUAUACUUUUCACCAUUGUUUAUAUUGUCUAUAUUGAGAAGGGCUAUAGCGGGUACAACCUGUGGACUUAGUUAGCGGCGUUCAAAGGUAUAAUGGGGUAUCAUCUUCUGGAUUGCUAAGUUAG